CGUAGUUGCAGUCACAUGAAUGAUUUGUUGUGGUCGAGACUGAAAUUCAGCUGUUUUUAUCAUGUAGCUUUACACGUAACAGUGUCAACAUUACGUUUUUUCAGCUUUGGGGAAAUUAUCCGGACGUUUCAUGUCAAACUCUUCUCACGAGGGCGAUAAAUUGGACGAUAUUUGAUGAAGUGACAGCGCUUUUUUUAUUUUCUUUACGCUAAUGACCGCUAACGUUAGCUGCUAACAAACCAAGUCAUGCUUCGGUGGAUUCUCGGGGGUCGUGAAGCUCAGAGCUCCGUGGAGAAAAGCCCCGUGUUGUGCAUUGGCGAGGAACAGCCCAAAAACUGGUUCACUGAGCUGCAGGUGCUGAAAGGACAUUUUGACAUUGUUCGAUUUCUGGUGCAGAUUGAUGACUUCAGAUGUGCCUCGGCAGGAGACGAUGGCCUUGUCUUGGUGUGGAAUAUCGAGACCGGCGAGAGGCUGCAGGAGCUGAGGGGCCACUCCCAGCAAAUAACAGCCAUAACCACCUUCACCUGUAACGAUGGACUCACAUCGCACACCUCCCUCAUCACCGCCUCCUCAGACAGGAGUCUCAGUUUGUGGGACCCUGAUACAGGCAACAGGGUCCAGACCAUUUCAGAUCUUCAGUCCUCUGUGAAGUGUUUGCUGGUGCUGGAGCGGCUGUGUGUGUGGGUCUCCGGCGGGGAGGAACUGUGUGUGUGGAACAGAGACUUUCAGCUGCAGUGUCACAAACAGAACCACAGUGACACGGGAAUAACCGCUUUGAUCGAGCUGCCCAAGAACUGCAUCGCUGCUGCGAUGGAUAAAGAAAUAAUGAUCUACAGGCUGACGGUUUCUCAUGAUUCCUCCGUGUCGGUGGCUGAACUCCGCUGUCUGUCCGACCACCAGGACCAGAUUCGAGCUCUGAUCAACAUCAACGACGGGCUCUUUGCGAGCGGUUCCCACGCGGGCGAGUUGAUCUUAUGGGACGCGAUCGAUUGGAACAUCCUGGCCUAUGAGCACAUCCUGUGGGAGGAGUCACAAACCAGCGCCCAGGCUGAAAUACGACUCGGGGCUCCCAAACCCAGCGAGAUGUCCAUCCAGCAUCUGACCACCAAUGGAAAGCUCAUCCUGGCAGCGGUGGGCAGCGGCCUCUAUGUGUACAGCAUUCUCACCAAAUCAGUGUUGGCCUACAGGAAGGUCGCCCAUGACUCCAAUGUCCUCCACACCAUGCUGCUGUCAGACAGCGAGUUGAUGUCCUGCUCCGAGGACGGCAGUGUGAGGAUGUGGGAGAUCCAGGACCUGCCUUUGCCCGCUGAACCCGCCUCUCCAGGGUUCUUUGGGAUGUGGACUUUCGGCCGGUCGAACAAACAGGCCGGUCCUCCGUCAAAGAAAAUCAUGGAAGUUCCCAACAUCCGGAUGCUGGAGUUGACGGGCGACCUCAUCGGACACUCGGGGGCGGUCCAGAUGUUUGUGAGCUUCCAGGAGAACGGUCUGGUCACGUGCUCGACGGACCAGCUGCUGAUUCUGUGGAAGAACGGCGAGAGGCAGUCCCACCUCCGCAGCCUGGCACUUUUCAAAAAGCUGGAGGAGAACGGAGGACUGUGAACUUUGACCUUUGAGCCUUUAAAAAGGAGAGUUGGGAGGUUGAUGCAGGUCACGAAUAAUUUCAAUUAAGUGUAAUGAUGAUUGUUGUUUGCGUUCGUUGAUAAUGUAACGGUUGUUUGCCUUUUGACUGAAAACACGUGUUUAACUUAAAUUUAAAAAGAAAAAUAAGUAAAUACCUCAGAAACAGACAAAUUGUAAUAUUUUUUUAUUUCAAGCCUUGUGUGUUUAAACGCUCUGACGCUGAUGUGAAGCAUCAACAGGACUUUUCCUGUUAGGGGUCACACGCUGGUGCCUGCACUGGUCACUACACCUGUACAAUCUGAUCCAAUUCAAUACAACAGAUCUGCUGUAACUCAACCUUUUAUAAAGUUUAUAAAAUUUUGUUUUUGUUGGAAAUGUA